AUGCCCGUUGUAUUGCCAGACAAUGUCGAAGAUCUCAUGAGAGAAAAGUAUCUCUAUAAAGCCAUCGAGAAGCUUGACCUCCCACGAGAAUCAGUCAACUUCAAGCAGGUGUGCGAUGAGAACGAUACAGUUUUUGGAAAGGCGGGGUCUGAAGAGAGGACUAAGCUUCAAGAGCGUUGGUACAACAUUAAGCGAUGUAAUAUCAGGAGCUAUGCAGCUUAUCUACAAACACUUGGACUAGCCCGAAGCAGAACAACAGAACAGCUGCUUUCCGAUUUCAGAACACCAUCUCCUGCUUCUACUGUCAUUGACAAUGAGAAAGGCUCCACCAGAUCAGAAAAGGAUUCCUCGAUUUUGGAGGCUUUAGGAAAUCUCUCGAUUUCUACAAGCAACAAAGAUGAGCCCUGCAAAGCUCCACCCCAAACCAUUUUCAGAACAACAGUUACUAAUGAUUCAUCUUUCUUUCCGCCGCCUGCACAGAAGAUGAUGCAAUCACCAGUUCCUGACAAGAAGCACCAGUCAUUCUCCUCCCCAACACCAUCUGUGGACAGCUCUUCCUUGUCUUCUGCUUGGACAGAAGCAAACCAUGAAGGGUCCAAGCACAACCCUGUGGUGGUGAAUUUGGACUUGAAUCAUGCUGAAAAGAACUUCCCAUUUGUCAUCGAAAGUCCUGGCAGGAAGGAGGACCCUUCCGGGCGUUACGAGCACAUGACAAUUCAGGUCCAGAGAGAAAUUCUCCCACCCGACAUUGACAAGUACAUGAUGUGGCUGGAAGAAAACAGUUUGGAAGGCACCCAAUCCUUGCUGGUCCAAGAACCAUCGCUUCCUUCAACUUUCCACCAGGUUGACAAAACAUACAAAGAUGAUUCCAAUUCAGAUCAAGCCAAAUAUGCAAAUCAGACAAAGAAGAGAAUUGAUUCUGAUCCUUCGCGUCAAUUCCGUUACUACCGCAUUGCCCUACCUGCUCAUCAAAUCAAGCUUGACAACAGCAUCUUCUCAAAUGGAUGUCAUGGACGUGUUGAGAUGGGUGCAAGAGUUGUUACCUACAAAGUCAACAAUUUCGACAUCAAGACCAUGGUUGUCGAAUGGACAAUUGCAUUGGCAGGGCAGGGAAUUGAAAAAUUGGCAACACCCAAAAACCCUAUUAGUGCUUUGGCAGGUACCUGGGCUUCCAUGUAG